AUGGGGAAAUACGCCAGCAAUUCAGAACUUCCAAACACAACCAAAAGGGGCGGUUGUUUUGUAACAACCACCACGGGGUUUAUCCUGACCCUGCUAGCGGCAUGCCUGGCCGUGGGGGUCGGGCUGAUCGUACAUUUUUCGGGCGCUGCCCGCCAAUUCGAGUGUAACUGUAACUGGGGGUCGGGGAACCCAAGCAGUGAUGCGGUCGUAGGGGGUGGGGAUAAGUCUACUCCGACUCCAACCGACCCAUCCGUACAAAAGUAUAAUCUCCGUCACCUUCAACCGUCAGGUAUUAUCUCUGUCACCGUCCAACCGUCAGGUAUUAUCUCUGUCACCGUCCAACCGUCAGGUAUUAUCUUUGUCACCGUCCAACCGCCAGGUAUUAUCUCUGUCACCGUCCAACCGUCAGGUAUUAUCCUUGUCAACGUCCAACCGUCAGGUGUAAUCUCUGUCACCGUCCAACCGUCAAAAUUAUCUUUGUCACCGCCUAACCGUCAGGUAUUAUCUCUGUCACCGUCCAACCGUCAGGUAUUAUCUCUGUCACCGUCCAACCGUCAGGUAUUAUCUCUGUCACCGUCCAACCGCCAGGUAUUAUCUCUGUCACCGUUCAACCGUCAGGUAUUAUAUCUGUCACCGUCCAACUGUCAGGUAUUAUAUCUGUCACCGUCAAACCGUCAGGUAUUAUCUCUGUCACCGUCCAACCGUCAGGUAUUAUCUCUGUCACCGCCUUACCGUCAGGUAUUAUCUUUGUCACCGCAUUACCGUCAGGUAUUAUCUUUGUCAUCGUCCAACCGUCAGGUAUCAUCUCUGUCACCGCCUAACCGUGAGGUAUUAUCUUUGUCACCGUCCAACCGUCAGGUAUAAUCUUUGUCACCGUCCAACCGUCAAAUAUUAUCUCUGUCACCGCCCAACCGUCAGGUAUUAUCUUUGUCACCGUCCAACCGUCAGGAAUUAUAUCUGUCACCGUCCAACCGUCAGGUAUUAUCUCUGUCACCGUCCAACCGUCAGGUAUUAUCUCUGUCACCGUUCAACCGUCAGGUAUUAUCUCUGUC